CGCCCAUCGUCUUUAUUCGCUUUCCGCCGCCGCCCACCUCCUCUUCGGAACCACGAUAAGCUCCUCUUCCUUCCGCCACUGCGUCCUGCCCCGAAGCGUGCCGGCUGCAGGUCGCCGCUUUCGGCCUCCAAGAACGCUCUGGCUACUGGCUCGAACCGCUACCACCGCGCUUCAACACAAACAGGAAUUGGGACUGCACCGAAUUGAUCGACAGCGAUGUUUGAUACCUCAAUUGAAUAGGACUUUGGUACCUCUACGACACGCAAGAAGAUAAGGGUUUAAUCUCGUCUCUUCCUCUUUUCAUUUGAUCUUGGGUUUUGCGAUCGAAACCACAGUUCAAAGUCGAUGGGCACCGAAUCCAAAGCCAAAGGGCCACCUAAAGUGGUGAAACUUGAUAAGGCGCUGAAAUUGGCCGAAGCUUGGGUUAAUAAUAUGAGCAGACCAGCGAUUUAUGAGCAGAGUGAAGUAGAAUUUGAGGGUCGACCUUCGAGGUUAGGUCUGGGAGCUAAAAUCACACCAAAAAUGAAAGCGGCAGUUUCAAGUGAUCCAGUUGAACAGAAAUUGCUUGGGAAGUUGAACUCAAAGAAGAAACUGUCUUCGGAAAAUGUAGAGAAAGCUAGCCCAGUUAAAGAGAAUUCACCAAGCGACGAUGAUGAAAAUGAACCAGAGAGCAGAACAAGUGCUUUUGUGAAGAAGAGACCAAUGCCUCCAGCAACAUCUUUGCAGUCUUCCAAGAAGAGAAAAUGACAUUCUGUAAUCUUUGUCAGGUUUAAAUUGUGUAGAUGAGGUGCGCUGCACUUGUUCUCAAAUUAUUUAUCAUUGUCCAUGUUCUUACAAGGUUCCUUCACAUUCUGAAUGUUAGAACCUUUUCCCUUGAUCAAUCAAGUCCCAUACCAUCUACAUUGUUUUACUUCA